UACCGACAGACAGAGAUCAGAUCAGAGCACUGUAGUUCAAAAAACACUGAGUUUAAUGGAACCAGCUAAGGAAGAAGAAAGCAGUGUUCAAGAUGAGGCUGUGGACAAAAGCAACUUUAAGAACUGCAACCACAUUGCUUUCUACAGGCGUCAGAAACUUCUGCAUCCUGGGAAGUCCUCGUAUCAAGCAUUGUUGGAUUCGGUUACAUUAUGCAAUGAUAGUGUCAAACUCCAAAUAAUUAAUGAGAAGAAUAAGGUUCCUCUCCUAGUGGAAAUUUAUGCAAUAGAAGGCAACAUUUUCAGGCUUAAAAUUAAUGAGGUAUCUCCUCUCAAAUCAAGGUAUGAAGUCCCUGAUGUUCUCAUAAAAGAACCUACCACUCAGAGGCUCUCUAUAGCCCAGAAGGAGGCAGGUAUUCUGGUACUGACAUGUGCCAGUGAGGACCGCAAGCUUCAUAUCACAGCAAAUCCAUUCCAGAUAGAACUAGAGUCCAAGGGUGAGACCGUACUGAGCGUGAACACCAAUGGCCUGUUGUACUUUGAGCAUCUACAACCACCACCCCAAAACAGCAAAACUACAGCACAAAAGAAAGAGGACACAUCAGUUGGCUCCUCUCAGGAAAAUCAAGAGGAUCUGGGUCUCUGGCAGGAGGAAUUUGGCAGUUUUUUAGACAUCAAAGCUAAUGGUCCCAGUUCCAUAGGCUUGGAUUUUUCUUUGCAUGGAUGUGAACAUGUCUAUGGAAUACCAGAGCAUGCAGAAACACUUCUCCUCAAAAACACCAGUGACGAUGAUGCCUACCGGCUUUUUAACUUGGAUGUCUAUGGGCACAAGAUUCAUGACAAAAUGGGCAUUUAUGGUUCAGUGCCCUUUCUGUUAGCACAUAAACCUAACAGAACUUCUGGGAUCUUCUGGCUGAAUUCUUCAGAAACUCUAGUGGAGAUUAAUACAAAAGCUGUAAUGGAGCAUGUACCAUCCAGAUCCCCUCCAGACAUAACUAAGCAGAGAGUGGUGCCUCAAACUGAUGUGCGCUGGAUGUCAGAAAGUGGAAUAAUUGAUGUUUUCCUCCUAAUGGGACCCACUCCUUUUGAUAUCUUCAAGCAAUAUGCACAAUUGACAGGCACUCAAGCCCUGCCUCCACUCUUCUCCUUGGGCUACCACCAAUGCCGCUGGAACUAUGAGGAUGAGCAGGAUGUAAAAACAGUAGACACUGGCUUUGAUGAGCAUGACAUCCCCUAUGAUGUUAUAUGGCUGGACAUAGAGCACACAGAAGGCAAGAGGUACUUCACCUGGGACAAGAAAAAAUUUCAGCACCCCAAAAGGAUGCAGGAACUGCUCAUGAGGAAAAAACGCAAGCUUGUUGUCAUUAUAGAUCCUCACAUUAAGGUUGAUCCCAUGUACACCCUAUACUCUCAGGCCAAAAAGAAGGGGUAUUUUGUGAAAAAUAGGACAGGCCAAGACUUUGAGGGCAUCUGUUGGCCAGGUUCCUCUUCUUACCUGGAUUUUACCAAUCCUGAAGUCCGAGAAUGGUAUGCAGAUCAGUUUGCCUUCAAAUCAUAUAAGGGCUCUACUGACAUCCUGUUUGUAUGGAAUGAUAUGAAUGAGCCUUCAGUCUUCAAAGCGGCAGAACUAACCAUGCAGAGAGAUGCUGUCCACCAUGGCAACUGGGAGCACCGGGAGGUUCACAAUCUCUAUGGCUUUUACCAGCAAAUGGCAACUGCAGAAGGACUUAUCAAACGCUCUGGGGGACAGAAGAGGCCAUUUGUCCUCACGCGAUCUUUCUUUGCCGGAUCACAGAAGUAUGGUGCGGUAUGGACAGGAGACAACGUAGCAGAGUGGAGUUACUUAAAAAUCUCCAUUCCAAUGUUGCUCACAAUCAGCAUUGCAGGAAUUUCAUUCUGUGGAGCUGAUGUGGGCGGGUUUAUUGGGGACCCAGAACCAGAGCUACUUGUUCGCUGGUAUCAGGCUGGUGCGUACCAACCAUUCUUCAGAGGCCAUGCCAAUAUCGAAAGCAAACGGCGUGAACCAUGGCUAUUUGGGGAUGAGAACACACGGAUCAUCAGGGAAGCCAUUAGAGAGCGCUACACCCUUCUGCCCUACUUGUAUUCACUGUUCUACCGGGCACACACCACUGCUGAACCAGUCAUGAGGCCUCUCUGGGUAGAGUUCCCCAAGGAACAAGAAACUUUUGGUGUGGAAGAUGAAUACAUGCUGGGAAACGCUUUACUGGUGCAUCCAGUCAUUGAACAAGAGGCCACUACAGUGAACGUUUUACUGCCUGGGUCAGAUGAGGUUUGGUAUGACUUCAGAAGAUUUAGACGACUGGACUAUCCAGGAACUCUGAAGAUCCCAGUAACACUGGAGAGUAUUCCAGUGUUCCAGCGAGGGGGGUGUGUGGUGCCCCUUAAGACCACCGUAGGAAGAUCCACUGAAUGGAUGACAGAUAUUUCUUACGAACUCCGUGUUGCUCUGGACUCCAAGGACUUUGCAGUAGGUGAGCUCUAUCUAGAUGAUGGGCAUUCAUUUCAGUACCUCCAUAAGAAGCAAUUCCUGCACAGGAAAUUCACUUUCCACAAGAAUGUUUUCUCUUCCAGCUCUGCUGAUGAAAUUGGGCAGUACCACACAAAAUGUGUAGUUGAACGGGUACUAAUUCUGGGAGUUCAAAAGCCACCCACAUCUGUGACAGUCAGUCUCCAGGGUAAGAGAGAUGGGAAAGACAAAGAAGUGGUUUUCACAUAUGAUGCCAAGUCCUCCAUGUUGACCCUGGAAAAACUAUUAUUAAAUGUUGGUGCUGACUGGGAAAUUCACAUCAAGUGAGAGGAGAAACUGCAUCUUCAGAGAACUGGAUGGAAAGUUGAAAGGAAAUGGUUUUGAAGGACUUAAAUUUCUCUCUUGAAUCUGACUAGUUUGAAAUAAUGUAGGCAGAACUAUAGCAGCCCCAGGCUAAUCUUUCUUAACAUUUUCUUUUAAAAGAUUGAUUUAACUUAGACUUGACAAGCUCUUCCCUAGUCAGUAGCUGGCAAAAGUAAUAGUAAUGCAAUCAUAUCACUGGAAAAGGCUCAUCGCUGUCCUGCCAAGGCUGGUUUCAUUUUGGCAAACAGGAUUCUGCAGGCAGUGAGCUAAAUUCUGCCCUCCCUUGCACCCAGGGCCGGCUCCAGGCAUCAGCAUUCCAAGUAGGUGCUUGGGGCGGCAAUCUGCAAGGGGCGGCAGUCCGUGUGUUUUUGCCGCCCCAAACAGCGCCCCAAAUUGCCGCCGCGGAUGGCGGGGACAGUCCGUUUGCCGUUAGGGCGGCACGUGCGUUUCCGCGGCGACGGCAAUUCGGCGCGCUGCUUGGGGCAGCAAAAACAGUAGAGCCGGCCCUGCUUGCACCCAUGUAAUAAAGUCCUCCAUUAGGCUGUGGAAGAGAUUGGGCCUGGUUUUCAAGGUCUUUAACCCAAGAAUUUCUAGUUUUUAAAUUGCAGGCACUUUUCUAAGUGUCUGCAAAUCUUGACUGUUCAGCGAAUAGGGCAUUUCAGAGAGGGAGGAGGGGAGAAGCCCUGAAUCAGCUUGUUCAAACAGCAUUGAUGAAUCUAUGCAAAAUGAAAAGGACUAAAAUGUAUGUCUAGGACACUGUGUGCAAACUACCUUGGGCAGAACCGACUUGAAUGAGUGUGAUUUACUUCUGUUACAAGCAUUCUCUUUCUGUCCCCCAGCCCUAGCCUACAAGACAAGGAACAACCCUACAGUCUGUUUAUAGGAAAGUAAAUAACAGCUGGGUGAACAGUUCAGCAGUUGAAUCUGAACUCAGCCCAAAGUUAAGGUUUGGGAGGGUAGUAUGUACCAGGUGAUGUGAGUGAAUAAAGGAUAAUACGGGAAUGGGGAAAUCACAUUGAAUAUUUAUUUCUAGACUUUAUAACAUUUAGAUUUUUAUAAAGGAUAAUAUUGGGUUUGGGUAUUAGCUGGAUUCCCAUAAACACUUUCUAUCACAACGCUUUUUCCCACCCUGCCCACCCCCAAUGUGUUUUGGUUGUGGCGACUGCCCAAGGUUUUAUUUGAAUGAGUACCAACUGUUUAAAUAGAAGGUUUGCACAAGAGAAGCUCUGCUCUUACAGAUCUUAUAAGAUGUGCUAUAGCACGGCUUUCUUCCUCCAGACUUUAGCCAGGGGUGGGCAAACUAUGGCCCGUGGGCCACAUCCGACCCUCUAGCCAGUUUAAUCUGGCCCUCAAGCUCCCCGCUGGGGAGUGGGGCCUGGGGUUUGCCCUGCUCCCGCACUCCAGCCAGGGAGCGGGGUCGGAGGCCGCUCUGUGCGCGCAUGCUGAGGCUCCCGGAAGCAGCAGCAUAUCCCCCCUCCAGCUCCUACGUUUAGAGGCAGCCAGGGGGCUCCGCACAUUGCCCCCACCCCAAGUGCCGCUCCCAUUGGCCGGGAACUGUAGUUAAUGGGAGCUGCAGGGGCAGGGCCUGCGGACGGGACAGCACACAGAGAUGCCUGGCUGCACUCCGCAUAGGAGCAGGAGGGGGACAUGCUGCUGCUUCCAGGAGCUGCUUGAGGUAAGCGCCACCCAGAGCCUGCACCCCAUAACUCCUGUUCCCCAGCCCAAGCCUGGAGCCCCCUGUUGUACCCUGAACUCCUCAUUUCUGGCCCCACCCCAGAGCCCGCACCCCCAGCCAGUGUCUUUACCCUCUCCUGCACCCCAACCCCAAUUUCGUGAGCAUUCAUGGCUCACCAUACAAUUUCCAUACCCCGAUGUGGCCCUCGGGCCAAAAAGUUUGCCCACCCCUGCUUUAGCCAGUCCUUGGGAUGGGGGGUGCUCAUGCAUGCCUGAAUGCAUGCAGUGGGGACAUGGUGCUUUUACCUUAGUGAGCUGAGGCUGGAAGAUGGGAAUGGAGGUUACUGUUCCACACUGAAAACUUUAAAAUGCUUAUAUAUAAUAUAAAAAUGUUUAAAAGACUCUGCUUUUACCUGUCCUCUUCAAUGCUCCCUCCCCAAUUCCCUAGACCUCCUCCUAUUGCCAUUAUAGUCUCCUGCUCCCACCCCUUCUGCACCCUUUGCUCCUGCCUUCCAGAAUCCCCUCUUCCAAGACCAGGUUACACAGCUCCAUGCCACCGUACCCCCAGUCUAUGUCUCUCCCAGCCCACUGUCACUGUUCAAUAGUUAGUUUAAACUGUUUGCCCAGCUCUAUUUAAUAAUAUCCGUGCUAUAAAUCAUAUGUUAUUUUAAAAAAAACAAGCCAAAGUCAGCUCUGAUGCAAACCUGUGAAUGAUGUUAUUAUAGCACAGUUGGUUAUAUGGAUGGAAGCGAGCAGAAUUCACUCCAUUCUUUUAGUAAAAUGAAGAGAAUAGUAAA